AUGCUUGAAUACUUCGAAUCCUGCAAUCAGCAAGCAUGGUCCUGUAGUCUCCGUCAAUAUUUUUUCCCCAUAUCCUCGAUUUACGGCAAGGAUGUUGAACCGAUUGUAUUAUGGACCCCCUGUUUCAAUGAUUCUCGGUCAUGGUGGGAAGGCUACGAGCUGCAGACCUUGGAUGGAGUCAAUAAAUGCGUGAUUACGCAUUAUAAGAAAGCCAAAGAUGAGGCACAUAUAGCAGUAUUUCAUAAACCGGAUUUGGACAUGAACGAUCUACCGCCUAGGAGGAGUAAUCAGUUAUGGGUACUUUAUACAGCUGAAAGUUUAGUCGAACUCAACGAAUCAGAGAGGCUGUAUGCAUUGUUUAACUAUAGCAUGAACUACCGUUUCGAUUCAAAUUUUCCAUUCGUCUACUAUGAUACCAACAUCAUGGAACAGUUAAAAAAGUCACCUCCUUCAUUUUUACCAAAUGGUGAGCCAGUAGCAUGGAUAGCAAGCAACUGUCAUGCAAUAAACUUACGGCACUUGUAUGUAAAGGAGCUUAUGAACUACAUUGAAGUUGCAAACUAUGGAACAUGUUUGAACAACAAAUCUCCAUUUCCAUCUUAUCAAACCAUUGAGUAUAUAGCUCGCCAUCCUUUCUAUCUAGCAAUCGAGAACUCCAAUUGUGACGAUUAUGUUACUGAAAAGCUCCAAAAUGCCUUUGCGGCUGGAGUUGUCCCCAUCGUAGCAGGUCCUAGAAAUUACGAUCCUUUCCUCCCCACAUCUCAUUCUGCCAUCUUACUUGAUGACUUUCCACACCCGCGUGAUCUUGCUCUCUACCUACGCUUCCUUAUCCAAAACCCAAAAGAAUAUCAAAAAUAUGUUGACUUUCGAUAUGACCCAACAUUAAUAUCAAAAGAGUUUCGACGGAACUGGGAUGGUCCAAAUGGAUGGAAUCGUAAUAUUGGACUCCGGCGGAUGUGUGAUGUAGCUUGGAAACUGAGAAUGGGUGAAGAUGUUACUCUUGAUGACCCAGAAAAAGAAUGGAUAAAACCGAGGAUAUUACAGAAGGAUACUUCAUGCGAUGUUACCGUUGGAAAGUAUGCAUAUGUUGAAAAUAUACAAAAUAGCAAAUCUUUUAGAGCGAAGUGA